AUGGCGACUACGCAACCGGGCAACUCAGAGACCACCAACACCUACACGCAGGGCCACUCGGACUACACGGUAGCCACGCACCUGACUCGCACAGCCGAGUCGGACGCCGCGUUCCUGCUCCGGCACAUCAAGCCGACCGACCACAUCCUCGACGUCGGGUGCGGGCCGGGCACCAUCACGACAGGGCUGGCCCGGUACGCCAGCCAGGGGAGCACGGUGGGCAUCGACAUGUCGCCCGCCGUGCUGGAGAAAGCGAGAGCCCUCGUGGCUACGGCGGGGGCUCACGUCCCCAGCUCGGGGCCCGGGUCUGUGGUGUUCCAGGAAGGCAACGUGCUGGAGCGGCUGCCCUUCGCGGACGAGUCGUUCGACGUCGUCUUCGCGUCCCAGGUGCUCGGGCACAUGACGCCGGCGGAGGUGGCGCGGCGGGCUUUGCGCGAGAUGCGCCGCGUGCUCAAGCCCGGCGGCGUGCUGGCCACGCGCGACGGAGCCGCGCAGCACUUCUACCCGCGCUCCUCGGGCCUCGACCGGCUGUGGGUGCAGAACGCGGCACGGGCACUACGCGGGGGUGUCUCUCCAGAGGAGGACGAGGACGAUGGCGAGGCGACCGGCACCAGCAUGCCGGCAUUGUUGCGCAGCGUGGGCUUCGACGCGGACGACGCCAGCAAGGUGCGCGUCGGGGCCUCGGCGACGGUCUUCGCGGGCCCCGAGGCCAGGAAGUGGUUGGCCUGGCGCGCGACCGGGCAGUUGAAGCAGGGUGACCCCUUCCACCAGAGCUGGCGGGACGCCGGCAUCACCCAGGACGAGAUCGAGCAGACGCUGCGCGCCGCGCAGAAGUGGGCGGAGACGGACGACGCCUGGGCCGCGUCGCUGCAGUGCGAGAUGCUCGCUUGGAAGUAA